AUGAAACGAUCCAGAUCGUCUUACGAAGCAUUGUCUCCUCGUUCAGGCGAUUACCACACCCAACAGCAUCCAGCCACCGAGCAACACUGCGCUUCGAGCUCUAGAGACGACGUCUACACAGAGUUUUUCGAAAAAGAGCUAACAUCUGUUGAGCACUUGGAUCCCCUGCAGCAGUACCUUGACUCCUACGACGGCCAUCAAGAGCAGGCAAACACGUCGAACCAAUCCGGCCUUGCUAGUAUCGGCGUCGACACCCAGAGAAGCCACUUGCAGACACAACAAGGCUUCGGGCGAACCCAACAGAGCGCAUCCCAGCAUGACGAUUCACUUCUACGUGGCGCCAUAACUCACGAUGAACACCCUGGACCAAUCUCUGUGAAUCGCGAAAGGAAUACACAACAAUGCUUUUCUACAGAUACCGCUGCCUCUCCAUAUAAUGCUCCUCACAGCUCCUACACCAUCACAAGACAUAGGCCCACUGUCACACCCAUGACGAAUUUUCCAGCUACUUCGACAGAGUCAUCGGGACAUCGCUUCACAUCAUAUGGGCCCUACUGCAGUCUCUUUCUAAACUCGGAUCUAGCAAGAAGCCACCGCCAUAUGAGCACUCGAUUUGGCCGUCAGCCAUAUGUUCUUCCUGAAGAGGACCCUAGCAUCAAGGAAGUUGAAGAGGAUCGUCAGUAUCAAGUUGGACGCAUCUAUGACGCGAUGACCCGUGGAGAUCGUGCCCAAGACAACACACACUCCAUCGCCAUGAAACGUUGGGUGAAUGCAGCCCACUACAAGUCGGACCUCGUCGAAGCAUUUGCACACAAGCUCUUUGAUUGUUUACUUGUGCAGGUCAAGGAGGGCUUUCGUGGAUGGCACCACAACGACUACGUCGACGAUGAUCGCAAGGGGGAGAAAGAAGACCGUGAUGCUGACUGUAUGAGUCGCCUGGAAAACAUCAUUGAUGCGCUCGAGCGAGAAAAGACAAUCUGCGAAGACGUGGUCAAUUCCGCCAGCCAAAUCAGGAUGUUUGUCAACGCUCCAAUCGCGUAUGCAGCUCGAAAGUACCAGAACCGUGUUGGCAACAGCAAGAGAGGAAAGACAAAAGCUGUAGUUGACCUCAAUCCCCGGCCCAAAAAAGCACGGAGAAUCGGUACAAGGCAGACUAGGGCCCGCUCAGGUGCUAACUCUGAGGUGCCAACAUCGAGGGAUUCUACGCCUCAGUUUCACACUCCAGCUACUACAAACAGACCGUACUACACAACACAGCCCUCACAACAGCUCGCGUCAAGCCCAAUGCCGAACUACCCAACUUCGAGACAGCCGCUUCACAUGUCUGCAGCCAUCAAGCCUCAAAUACAUGCUGGACGCCAGCAGGACGCUGUGACAUCGCCACCCAUGCUGGCCAAGCCGGCAACAUCUUCAUCUAUGUCAAGAUCUGCCAUGUCACCUCCGGGUCUGCCUACUUCUCGCUUGCAUAAUACCCAAGUCACAGCGAAGCCGCCAGCUCAGAUGUCGCCCCUUGCGUCGACGCCAUCUCUCUCUUACUCUUACCAUUCUGCGCAUCCAUCACCUGACGACGUGAAGUAUCCGAUGCCCGCAAACUCACCCGCCUCUUGGCCGAACCUCAACUUUGACAACCCUCUUUGUACAUCAAUAGAUCCAUCGCUAGGCACCGAUGAUCUUCUCUUCUCUAACCAGCUCUGGUCGAAUGGUGCCGCUUGCGCCAACACAGGGAACGCGGUAUCGUUCGAUCAGAACCCGAACGUCCGUCGCGUCAACCUAGCCAAUCUGGAGCACCAGCCUUUGCAAACCGCAACCGGAGCGAGCAGCGAUCGUCCCACCGACUUUGAAUCUUUCUGGGAUGACCAACCUGGCGUGCAACCCUUCUCCUUCGACUGUAGUCAAGAGGCCAACCAUGGCUACCGCUAA